ACUCAAUACUGGAGUAAGAAUGAGGUGAUCCCGGAUGUGGAGUCUGAAGAGGAGGACCCGAUGGCUCAGGACCCGCGGUACUUCGAGUCGCCACCAGCAAACGCAGAGAUCGGAAUCAAAAUUGUCAACGUCUCUAAGGUGUACCCGAAGCAGCGAGUGUUACGGAAUGUGUCGCUGGAGGUGUACAAGGGAGAGAUCACGGUGCUGCUGGGACAUAAUGGCGCCGGGAAGACCACGCUCAUGUCUAUCAUCACUGGUAUGACGAGUGCUACGGAGGGCAACGUGUACGUGAACGGCAAGGACACGCUGCGACAACGUGACGAGGUCAGGCAGAACCUCGGGCUCUGUCCGCAACACAACCUCUUCUUCCCCGACCUCAGUCUGCGGGAGCAUAUCAUGUUCUUUACUAUGUUGAAGCGCGGCACGUACUCGGAGGCGCGGGCGUCGUCCCGGGCGCUGGCGGGGCAGCUGGGCCUGCAGCACAAGCUGGGCGCCAUGUGCCAGCAGCUGUCGGGCGGCAUGCAGCGCCGCGCGCAGCUGGCCUGCGCCCUGGCCGGCGGCGCCGACGUACUCAUACUGGACGAGCCCACCUCCGGCCUGGACGUCGAGACCCGCCGGGAGCUAGAGAGGAAAAAGUAA